CUGAGUCAUCAUUGGUGAGCACUGCCAACAGCUGGUGAGGACAGAGAGAAAAAUAUGGACCGAAAGAGGAUCAAAGCCAGAGAGAUGAAGAAAGAGAGAUUGGGAUAGAUGGCGAGAGGCGGGGUGAAAGGGAGCUAGAAACUAAUUAGAUAAACGAAAUAGGGAGAUACGGGAUAGGAGCAAAAGAGAUGUGUAACUACACAGUAAUCAGUAGAAAAUGUCAAAAAUGAUAUGGAGGCAAUGGACAGCAGUGGGUUAGGAACAUGGCAUCACUGCUGGAGAGAAUGAAACUGUGUGGGGAGGCCUACUUAUCUCUGGACGUCGGGCUCUUCAGACAGGAUGGGUGACGGUGCGCCAAAUGAGGAAGUCUUCUACUCCAAGGCUGAAAACUACUGGAGAGAAGUGGCGCCCACGGUGGACGGCAUGCUCGGAGGCUACGGAAAGAUCUCAAACGUUGACAUAGACGGCUCCAAGAAGUUCCUGAAGAAAUUCCUUGGUGAGGGCCAGGGGAAGACGGGUAAUUGCUGUGCCCUGGACUGUGGCGCCGGCAUCGGGCGCAUCACCAAGCGCCUUCUGCUGCCUCUGUUCAACACUGUGGACUUAGUGGACGUGACUCAGGAAUUCCUGGACCAGGCUAAGGUCUACCUGGGCGAGGAGAGCAAGCGAGUGGAUAACUAUUUCUGCUGUGGCCUGCAGGACUUUAUCCCACAGGACGGACGCUACGACGUCAUCUGGAUCCAGUGGGUCAUUGGCCACCUGACUGAUGAGCACCUAGUGGAGUUCCUUCGCCGAUGUCGCGGCGGACUGCGACCCCAGGGUCUAAUCGUGAUCAAGGACAACGUGGCCUAUGAGGGCGUGAUCCCAGAUGAAGUUGACAGCAGCGUGUGCAGAGAUCUGUCACUGGUGAAAAACCUGGUGGCUCGGGCAGGUCUCACUGUCGUUUGUGAGGAGCAGCAGUUGAACUUCCCGGACGAGAUCUAUCAGGUCCACCAGCUGGCCCUCAGAUAGUGAUGGAUAGAUGUGGGUGUGUAGAGGAAAGGGGGAAUGGAGGUUGAGGAUGGGUGCCAGUGCCAAAAUAAUACUGCUGCUGACUUUAAAGCCAUGGGACCUUCAUGACAAGCCUUCUGUCUGAUGAAAGUUAAGACAGUCCAGCUUAUGCAUGCUUGUGUUUUAGUAUCUUUUUAUGUCUAUAAUGGCAUAUAAGUGAUCCACUUUUCAGGGAUAAAUCAGGUUCAAUGACUCAUCAGUAUCAUUUUUAAGGAGUAUGAUGGAUUCCGAACGUGGAUGGACUGAAAGGGUUGGAUCAUGUUAGCGUCUUAAACCAGGCCUAGAAUGUCGCUAGGUGAGGCCUGGCGAGACCAGGAUCAUGUAGACCCUAAACAUACCAAUGCUGGGGUCAGCACCUGGCUUUAACACUACUACACCAGUGCUCAUAGAGGAUAUGAGUUAUAGCACCUCAUAGCUCAGUCGUUUUCAGCGCCCCCCAGACAUGGAUUUUUAACGUGUUUGUUUUAGCCUUAAACCGGCAUGCUUGUUUCAAUUAGGACUUGAUCGGUAGUUGACCACACGAGUCGGGUGUGCCAACAAAACUGUUAAAUGCUGCCAGGGGCGGGGGGGGGGGGGG